AUGUUGGUCCUUCCUACGCGUCGCUCGGUCUACCGCGUGUUGCCGACCUCCUUGUUUGACUUACUCUUUCCCUCCAUCUGCUCUCGCGAGUUCGACCCUGUAGACCAUCGUGAGCUCUUCCUUCUUGUCACUGUUGCUCUUGCUCGUGCUGAUCUCCGACGUCUUUGGUUCGACCCUAUAAUCGUGGCCGGGACGAACACGUUGCCUUUACCUAUGCCAGACUAUCACGAAUUGAGGGAAAAACUGGACCUGCUCGGAGAACAAACGCGUUUUGUCGACCUUCGAGAGCUCUAUGGAUCCCCCUCAGGAUACGAAAUCCCAUUAUCGACAUGGAAAGACAGCGUUCUUCGUCUCACCUGUGAACUGGACGGUCUCGAUAUUCUUGCUUCUGACUCUGGCGAUUCGUCUACACAGGUCUACACCAGGCGGCGAUCGACCUCCUCCUACCGCCGAGUCGCGACAGAGUACUACCAUAGACUUCCCGAUCACCGAUUCCCUCUCCACGUCCAGGCCGGCGCUACGGGACGUGGCACGAUUGUUCUCCCUCUAGCUUGUCCCGAUGAUAAUGCGAGCCUCCAAGCAAGGGAUGUUCUUUUGGCGAAAAUGAGUUGGCAGCCCGUGAAUCGUAUGGCUGAGGAUGAGACUCUGCGCAUCAUCCGGAGAAAAAUUCCGAAGGCUUGGAUGAAGCACGUUACAGAUCUCAAGUGUUCGACGACGCUCAACGGCGACACCUUAAACCUACCCAGGAAGGACCUGAUGGUUUUUAUUGAGGCGCGCGUGAAUGCCGUCGCUGCUCUCAGGAAGCCGAAACGAAGAGGGCGUGUUGACAAACACGAGGACUUUUUGGAGAUGGCCGAUGCGUUCAUAGGCCAGGACUACAAGGAGCGCGUCCUUCGAGUUCUAGUCACCCCCAGAUAUCUGCCGUUGUGUGAAGUCAAUAACUUGACGGAGUUCAAGACCGUCUUCAGGGAUGUCGCGAAAGUUCACUACGUUAUCUACACGAGCUGCAACAUUCUUCACCGUGAUCUGAGCGUCAACAACAUCAUGUUCACGCGUCAUGACGAGCAAGUUGUCGGAAUUUUGAACGAUUGGGAUCUUGCCGCCUCGACGUCACCGAAGGACGAGGCUACAUCCAAGCACCCUCCCGGCACAGUACCCUUUAUGGCUCUCGAUCUUCUCUGGAACGCUGGGAACGGGAAGCCUCAACCGCACGAGUACCACCACGACCUACAGUCCUUUCUGUGGAUCCUGAUAUGGUGCGCGUUCUCCCUUCGCUUUAACGCGAAUCAAGUCGAAUCGGCGAAGCUGCCCGAUAUGAUCCAAGAGUGGGCGGCAACAGACGCUUCAAGUUGGAGGACGAUCGCAACCACCAAGUGGACCUUCGCGGGGAUGGGCGAGAGCUAUUUGACGUUUAUGACACCUGAGAUGAAACCUUUGAGGAAAUCUUGGAUUCGUCCAGUCCUCCGCCAAUUGCGUGCUUUCGCCUGGUCUAACACGAAUGUUGUUCAUUCCGAGUCCGAGGAGGAAUCUGGUCCUGAUUCAGAUCGAGCAGAGGAAGAUACGGAUACAGGGAAGAAGGACGUCGGCUUCACUUUCGUGAAUAUCAUGAAGGUCCUGGAGCGCGAGAUGGAGAAGCCAGACGUUACUGUGUGGGACCAUGGACCUCCCGUCCCGACUGUUGAUUGA